AUGAGCAAUGCGGCACCCACUAUCCGUCCCCAGCGCCAGAUCCUCCUCUGUUCCGAUAGUACGACGAUGCCAUAUGGGACGAGUAGUCUAAUCCAAGGAUGGGGCUACUACGUGCACAACUUCUUCGCCCUCAACAUCACCAACCUCGCCCGCGGCGGUCGCAGCACUCGCUCCUUCAUCAACGAAGGGCUAUGGGCGUCUUUACUGGAGCGCAUUGUUCCCGGCGAAGGUACAUUUGUCCUCAUCGAGAUGGGACACAACGACAACGGCGAUCCGACUACCGACGUGAAAAAUCGAGCCACGCUACCCGGCAUCGGCCCCGAGAGUGUCGUUGUGGCUAGCAAUGCCACAGGUGGCACAACAGAAACAGUGUACACAUUUGGCCAUUACCUCCGGAAAAUGAUCCAUGACGUGCGCGAGGCUGGCGGUGUUCCAUUGCUGAGCGGGAUGGUCCCGGUCAUGUCCUGGACGGGCGAUGUCCUUCGACAUGACUGGCCUUUUGCAGAUUAUGCGCGUGAGGUGGCCGAGGAAGAAGGGGUCGAAUAUAUCGAUCAUACGAAAUAUGCUGUGAAUCGCUGGCAGGCUUUCGGGUCGGUCAAUGCCACUAUGCCUUACUACCCACUGAACGACUAUACGCAUACAAGCUGGCCAGGAGCUGAAAUCAAUACGGAAGCUCUCGUGACAGCGGUCCAGUGCGGCCACUUCCACAGGAAGAAGAAGUCGCAAUUGGCCCCCUAUCUGAAUAGAAAUGCAAGCAAGAUUGACUAUCCUUGCUAA